UGACAGUGGUGAACACAUCUAGUGGCAUUGGUGGUGAAUAAAUCUAGUGACUGUGGUUAAAACAUCUAUUGUCAGUGGUGAAUACAUCUAGCGACAGUGGUGAAUACAUCUAGUGACAGUUGUGAAUACAUCUAGUGGUAGUGGUGAAUAAAUCUAGUUAGAGUAAUGAAUACAUCUAGUUAUAGUGGUGAACAUAUCUAGUGACAGUGGUGAACACAUCUAGUGACAGUGGUGAAUACAUCUAAUGACAGUGUUGAACACAUAUAGUGACAGUGAAGAAUUCAUCGAAAAACAGUGGUGAAUAUAUCUAGUAACAGUGGUGAAUACAUCUAGUGGCUUUGGUGAAUACAUAUAGCGACAGUUGUGAACACAUCUAGUAGUAGUGGUAAAUACAUCUAUUGACAGUGGUGAAUAUAUCUAGUAACAGUGGUGAAUAUAUCUAGUAACAGUAGGAGAUUGAUGUUCUUCUGACACCAGAUAGAACACCGUGAUCCUCUCUAACUUGAAUAGGUCUGUCCAUAGCGGAGCGGCUGGCAACGGAAGGAGCGGCUGUUAUGGUGAGCAGCCGGAAACAGGCGAAUGUGGACAAAGCGGUCGGCGACCUCCGGAAGAAGGGUCUAAAGGUUGCUGGCAUCGUCUGCCAUGUGGCCAAACCGGAUCACAGAACAAGACUCAUUGAAAAGACAGUGGCAGAAUUCGGAGGACUGGAUCUGCUUGUUUCAAAUGCAGCCGUCAAUCCCAUAUUUGGCCCGAUUCUAAAUGCGACAGAGGAUGCCUGGGAAAAGAUAUUUGACGUAAAUGUAAAGGCCACCUUCUUUCUCAUCAAGGAGGCGGUCCCGUACAUGGAAAAACGAGGGGGCGGUUCAGUAGUCAUAGUGUCCUCGCAGGCUGGCUAUAGCCCCUCAGAGAUGAUGGGUCCCUACUCCAUCAGCAAGACCGCCCUGCUCGGCAUGACGAAGGCCCUGGUCCCGCAGCUCUCUGCAUCCAACAUCCGGGUCAAUUGUAUCGCUCCCGGGGUCGUUAUCACGCGAUUUAGCGAGAUGUUGUGGAAGAACGAAUUUUCGGCAUCAGUCAGAGACCAGGUACCGCUAAAAAGGUUCGCGCGGUCAGAAGAAUGUGCGGGUGUUGUCUCCUUCCUGCUCUCCGACGACGCCUCGUACGUCACUGGCGAAACUGUCACCAUCACCGGCGGCAUGCCUAACCGGCUAUGAUAGGUCGCAUAGUGUUGUAGUGUUGGGGCGUGACAUAAUAUGACUCAUAUAGAUUCUAACUUGGACGUUUAACGCCUGCACUACCUUAAAAAUUCGAUUACCAAAACGAAAACCAUUCAAGUGUUUAUAUGUGAUGUACACAUGUAGAAUUUGUAUACAAACAGUACUAUAAAGAGUUUAUAGCUGGUGAUUUCAUCGGGGCUAUGAAAUAAAUGAAUCACUAACAAAUAAGGUUUGAAUGCCUAAAUAAAUAUAUUCUGCACUUAUUUUAGAUUUUGAAUGUUAUUAUGAUUUCAAUCUUGUUCUUAUGAACGGAUUAUAUUAAGCGUUCAUUUUUAUAUAUUUAUAAUAGUUCAUAUUAUAGGUUAUUCCAGUAUAAAACGUUACGUUCAUUUUGCGGUUCCUCGAAUGAUGUAUUGAGCACCCCAAGAACAGAUAUAAUUUGUACUUAUUGUAACAUGUGCCUUUGAAAAAGAAUAACACUUCCUCCUAACAAUAA